AUGGCAAAUAACAGACGGCCUCUGGGCCUACUUUUCGACAUUGGAGGUGUCUGUGUGGUGUCACCAUUCCAGGCCAUUCUGGACUAUGAGAUCGCCAACGGCAUCCCCCCGGGAUGGGUGAAUUUCAGCAUCUCCCGAACAUCUCCUCACGGCAGCUGGCACAAGCUCGAGCGCGGCGAGAUCCCAAUGGAUGCCACUUUCUUCGCUGGGUUCAACGCAGAUCUCAAGAAUCCGGCUCUUUGGAAGCAAUUCCAUGAACGGCUUCAGAAACAGAAGCCUACGGGAGCCUCGACGCCCGUUCCUCCGUUACCUGCGAUUGACGCAGAGUUCCUGUUCUGGGAGAUGAUGCGCAUAUCCCGACAGCCCGACCCCUACAUGGCUCCCGCCCUGAAGAAACUGAAGGAGUCCGGCCAAUUCGUCCUGGGAGCCCUGUCGAACACAGUCAAGUUCCCGCCGGAUCACCCGUACAACAAGGAUACUAGUGGAGUGCGCAGCCAAUUUGACUUUUUUAUCUCUUCCGCACAUACGGGACUCAGGAAGCCUGAGCCGAGAAUAUACGAGGUUGCGAUCCAGAAUAUGGAUGCGAUCGCAAAGCAGAGAGGGUUGCCUGGAAUGAGCGCAUCCGACAUUGUCUUCCUCGACGACAUUGGCGAGAACUUGAAGUGGGCCAAGAAAUCCGGGCUGAGGACACUCAAGGUCAAUCUUGGACGGACUCAAGACGCCGUCAAGGAAUUGGAGAGAAUCACUGGACUGCAAUUGUUGGAGGGCCAGGAUAAGGCCAUGUUAUAG